AUUAAAAAAAAAAGAAUAGCCACCACAAACUCCUUUGGGGGAGGUUUAAGAGAGGUUUCCCCUUCUUUCUCCCUCACUUCAUCUCUUUCUCCAUCUUCACUCUCUUCUCUGUUCAUACCCUUAUCUUCUUGAACAACAAAAACAAAAGCAGAAGAGAAACUGGCUUCCACAGCUUCAGUACCCAUGAGCCACAGAGCUCAAUUCCAGUACCAAAAUUGGCCUACAAAACCUCCAAAAAUCACUAAAACUCAAAAAAAUCAUAAAAAUCUCCACUUUCUCUCUGUGCCAACUUCUCACUCUCUCUUCACCAAUUCACUAUCUUCCUCUUCUUUCCCUCUAAUCACCAAAUUCCCUAGAAAUUUACUUCCUUUUCACCCCUUACACGAUGCUGUUGAAGAACAUCUUCUUGAAGACCUAGUAGAAAACGCAAUUGGAAACCACCAAAAGCUUGAAACUUUGAUUAAAUUAGAUUUACCCACUAACCAUAAUCAUCAAGUUUUGCCCGAAGAAUCAUCUAGAAGAGUUUUUAUCCAAGACCCACCUUGGAUUUCAGCUCUUUUUUUAAAGGGUCUUUAUAAAAUACCUAAUAAAGAAGUGAAACUGGAGUUUAAAGAUAUUGAGAAAAGGAAGUAUAAUUUAUUAAGGAGGAGGCAAAUUAGAGAAGAAACUGAAGCAUGGGAGAGAAUGGUGGAGGAAUAUAAGGCUUUAGUGAAGGAAAUGUGUGAGAGGAAAUUGGCUCCAAAUUUGCCGUAUGUAAAGGGAUUGUUUCUAGGAUGGUUUGAGCCAUUGAAAGAAGGUAUAAAAUCGGAGCAGAAUUUGCAGAGAUCAAAGAAGAAUAAGGCAGCAUUCGCUCCCCAUAUUGAGUUGUUGCCAGCUGAUAAAAUGGCUGUGAUUGUUAUGCACAAGAUGGUUGGACUGUUGAUGGUUGGCCAUGAAGAUGGGUGUGUGCCUUUAGUCCAGGCUGCAGUUCAAAUUGGCAUGGCUAUAGAGCAGGAGGUUAGGAUUCAUAAUUUCUUGGAAAAAACCAAGAAUUAUCAGAGGAAGAAGACAAUAUCUGGUGCACAAGAGUCUCUGGGUAAGGAGAAGGAGAUACUCAGAAAACGUGUUAAUAGCUUGAUUAGAAGGAAAAAGCUCAUUGAGGUGCAGAAGCUAGUGAAAAAUGAAGAAAUGAAACCUUGGGGUCGAGAUACACAGGCUAAGCUGGGAAGUCGCCUGAUAGAAUUGUUAACUGAAACAGCUUUUGUACAACCUCCAGUUAACCAGUCAGCAGAUGUUCCACCAGAUGUUCGACCAGCAUUUAGACACAGAUUUAGAAUUGUAAAAAAUAAUCCAGGGCAGAAAAUCGUGAAGAAGUACGGAGUUAUAGAAUGUAAUCCCCUCGUCCUUAAGGGGCUUGAUGGAUCUGCUAAGCAUAUGUUGAUUCCUUACUUUCCCAUGCUGGUACCUCCGAAAAAAUGGAAAGGGUACAACAAGGGUGGGCACUUCUUCUUGCCUUCGUAUAUUAUGCGUACUCAUGGAUCUAGGAAGCAACAAGAUGCACUUAAGAAUGUUCCAAGGAAUCAUAUGCAGAAAGUAUUUGAGGCCUUGGAUACACUUGGAAACACUAAAUGGAGGGUGAACAGAAGAGUCCUUGAUGUGGUGGAGAGCAUAUGGGCAAGGGGUGGCAACAUUGCAGGCUUGGUUGACCGUAAAGAUAUUCCGAUACCAGAGAAACCACUCUCUGAGGAUUUAAUAGAACUUCAGAAGUGGAGAUGGAGUGCAAGGAAGGCAAAGAAGACAAACCGUGAGCGGCAUUCUCAACGAUGUGACACUGAACUUAAGCUUUCUGUGGCUCGAAAACUGAAAGAUGAGGAAGGCUUUUAUUAUCCUCACAAUCUUGAUUUUCGCGGACGUGCAUACCCAAUGCAUCCACAUUUGACUCAUCUAAGUUCUGAUCUUUGUCGAGGAAUUCUUGAAUUUGCAGAAGGACGACCAUUAGGAAAGUCUGGGUUACGUUGGCUGAAGAUACAUUUGGCAAACCUGUAUUCAGGAGGGGUUGAAAAACUGUCUCAUGAUGGGCGCCUUGCAUUUGUGGAAGAUCAUUUGGCUGACAUAUUUGAUUCAGCAGAAAACCCUGUCAAUGGCAACCACUGGUGGUUAACAGCAGAGGAUCCCUUCCAGUGUUUAGCUGCUUGUAUUAAUCUUUCAGAAGCCUUAAAGAGCUCAUCACCACAUACUGUCAUCUCCCACUUGCCAAUCCAUCAGGAUGGUUCAUGCAAUGGCUUACAGCAUUAUGCAGCCUUGGGAAGAAACAGUCCGGAAGCAGCAGCAGUUAACUUAGUUGCUGGAGAGAAGCCUGCUGAUGUUUAUACGGAAAUUGCUGCCAGGGUCCAUGAAUUAAUAGAAAGAGACAGCAACAAGGACCCUGCUACAAAUCCAAAUGCUUUAUUAGCCAAGCUCUUAAUUGAUCAGGUGGAUCGGAAACUGGUCAAACAAACAGUGAUGACUUCAGUAUAUGGUGUCACUUAUGUUGGGGCACGUGAACAAAUAAAAAGAAGAUUAGAGGAGAAGGGCCAAAUCACAGACGACAGACUGCUGUUCAGUGCAUCAUGUUAUACUGCUAAAGUAACAUUGACUGCCCUGGGAGAGUUAUUCCAAGCUGCACGUGACAUAAUGGGUUGGCUAGGUGAUUGUGCAAAGGUUAUUGCUUCAGAAGAUCAACCCGUACAGUGGACAACGCCUUUAGGUCUUCCUGUUGUGCAACCCUACUAUAAGAGCGAAAGACAUCUUAUAAGAACUUCCCUUCAGGUUUUGGCCCUGCAGCGGGAGGGUAGCUCGGUAGAGGUUAGAAAACAGAGAACUGCAUUCCCUCCAAAUUUUGUGCACUCCCUUGAUGGUUCACACAUGAUGAUGACUGCUGUGGCAUGCCGGGAUGCUGAUUUGCGAUUUGCAGGUGUGCAUGACUCCUUCUGGACACAUGCCUGUGAUGUGGAUUUGAUGAAUCGAAUUCUUAGGGAAAAAUUUGUGGAGCUUUAUAGCAUGUCAAUACUUGAAAAUUUGCUUGAGGACUUCCAGACAUCAUAUCCAACACUGAACUUUCCUCCUCUUCCAGAGAGAGGCAACUUUGACUUGGAAGAAGUUCUCAGAUCUCCGUACUUUUUCAACUGAGUCUCCACCAACCAGCAGCCUGGUAUACCUUGAUCAGAAGCAUUAGAUUUUCUACUUUCAGCUCCAGAAACACCACGAGAGUUCUACAGGAUAUCUGUCCAGAGGUGAGCUGAAAAUAGAAGCGGGGAUUGGAAGCCUAACAUUGCUUCUCCCAAGACCCAGAAGGGUUCUGAUAAACCUACAAUCUUGAAGGUUUUCCCAAAGACAGGAAAUUUGAGGACUGAUCCUACCCGGGAGGACAAAGUCCCAACUGAUCCACUCAAGUAUAUAUACUGAAGGAAUCUCCCCUAAAACAAGAUCGUUGAUCAUUGCCACUGCAUCGGCUGCAGAAAUAUGAUCAUAGAUUCCUUAUUAUGAAGAUGACGUAUAUAAUACAUGCAUAGUAUUUGCAGCAGCCAUUAUCCUUUUCUCGAAGCUCGUCACAAUAAGAUGAUGCUAUCUUUUUCAAUUUUUGUAUCAUCCUCUGUAGAUAUUUGAUCAGCGUAGGAAGAGACAGAUCCUCUCUUUACCAACAGGAUGCUAAAUGUAAUACUUAUGUGGAAAAAUGCAAACCCGGAACAGUUUUGAUACUAAUGCAAUAACAAAAAAGUGUAUUGAGUUUUGAUCUCA